AUGGUCAGCUCCUGUUGUGGCUCUGUCUGCUCUGAGGAGGGCUGUGGCCAAGGCUGCUGCCAGCCCAGCUGCUGCAGGCCCACCUGCUGUAGGCCCACCUGCUGCAGGCCCACCUGCUGUGUUUCCAGCUGCUGCAGACCCAGCUGCUGUCAGUCUGUGUGCUGCCAGCCCACCUGUUGCCGCCCCAGCUGCUGCAUUUCUAGCUGCUGCAGGCCUUCCUGCUGCCGCCCCAGCUGCUGUCGCCCUAGCUGCUGUGUGUCCAGCUGCUGCCGGCCCUCUUGCUGCAUCUCCAGCUGCUGCCGCCCCAGCUGCUGCAGGCCUUCCUGCUGCCGCCCCAGCUGCUGCAUUUCUAGCUGCUGCAGGCCUUCCUGCUGCAUCUCCAGCUGCUGCCGCCCCUGCUGUGGCAGUUCCAGCUGUUGUGGAUCAAGUUGCUGCUGCCCUAGCUGCUGUGUGCCCAGCUGCUGCAGGCCUCAGUGCUGCAUCUCCAGCUGCUGCCGCCCUACCUGCUGCCAGACCUCCUGCUGCCAACCAGCAUGCUCUAGCUGUUCCUGCUGCUGA